AUGAAUUCCCAGGUCCGUUACCUAUAUAAGAUACUUAUCUACAUGGGCAAGGACUACCCUGUUCGUCUGGGUGGAUACCAAAAAUUCCGGCGUCAAUUAAAGGCCCAGUUUGUUAACACUCCAGUGCACACCGAGCAGGACUUAGCAGCAGCAUUAGCCAAAGGAGAAUAUAUAAUCAAAGGUAUGUAG